AUGGCUCCUGUGACCUUGAAAACAGUCGAUGACGACCUAAAAGAUGUCAUCCAACAGUUAUUCGAGAUCCAAUCCGCCGUCCACGGCUACCUAGGCCCAGAGACACAGCAAGAGCUCGUGCGAAAGAUCAAAAACCUCACCCUAGCCCUUUCAACCCUUUCGACACACACCCAGCUCCCCCCAAAUACCGAAAUCCAACCGGACCAAACGACAGACCCCUCAAACCCACCCUUAUCCAGCAUCCAACUCCCACCAGAAAUAAUCGACUACGUCGACUCAGCGCGCAACCCCGAUAUCUACACUCGUGAAUUCGUCGAGCUCGUCCAGCGCGGCAAUCAGGAUCUGCGCGGGAAGCGUGAGGCUUUUGCUAGUUUUCGGGAUGUGCUUGCUCGUGAGAUGAGAAGUGCUAUGCCUGAGUGUCGCGGAGAGGUUGAUCGGGUUGUUGUUGCUUCUGGGGGAAAGGUUCCGGAUUCCGAUGGUGGGCAUUGA